CUGAGGGGAAGCAGGAUGUCUGGACGCCCCGCGCUGGGGGGCCUGGCCCGGGCCUGGGUCUGGGCGCUGCUGCUGCUGGGCCUCUGCGCCCCCUCCCCCCAGCCCGCCCCCGCCGACCCCUGCCCGUGCGAAGAGUCCGCGCUCUGCCGCCCCGUGCGCGACAGCCGCGACUUCGAGGUGUUUGUGUUUGAUGUUGGAGGAAAAGCCUGGAAGUCUUAUGACUGGUCCCAGAUCACAACAGUGGCAGCUUUUGGAAAGUAUGACCCUGAACUUUUGUGUUUUGCCCAUUCAAAAGGAUCCAGGGUAGUACUAAAAGGAGAUGUCCCCUUAAAGAAUAUCGUUGAGCCUACUUUCAGAGAAGCCUGGAUAGCGAAACAACUCACAUUGGCCAAAAAACAAUACAUGGAUGGAAUUAAUAUAGACAUAGAACAAGAAGUUGAAGAGUCAUCCCCUGAAUAUUAUGCCUUGACAGCUUUAGUUAAAGAAACGACAGAAGCCUUCCAUCGGGAAAUUGAGGGAUCACAGGUCACUUUUGAUGUCGCCUGGUCUCCAAAGUGCAUAGACAAGAGAUGCUACAAUUACAGUGGAAUCGCAGAAUCCUGUGAUUUCCUCUUUGUGAUGUCUUAUGAUGAACAAAGUCAGAUCUGGACAGAGUGUAUCGCAGCAGCCAAUGCUCCCUAUAACCAGACCUUAAUAGGAUAUGAAAGCUAUCUCAAGAUGAACAUUGACCCUAAGAAACUUGUAAUGGGUGUUCCCUGGUAUGGCUAUGAUUAUCAUUGCCUGAAUUUAUCUGAGGAUCACGUCUGCACCAUUCCCAAAGUGCCUUUCCGUGGGGCACCAUGUAGUGAUGCUGCAGGCCGCCAGGUGACCUAUAAGGCCAUCAUGCAGCAAGUGAAUAGUUCCCUUUCUGGAAGCCAGUGGAAUGCCCAACAGCAGGCCCCAUAUUAUAACUAUAAGGACACUGAUGGCCACUUUCAUCAGGUGUGGUAUGACAACCCGAAGAGCAUUUCUUUAAAGGCGGCAUUUGUAAGGGAUCAUGGCUUAAGGGGCAUUGGGAUGUGGAAUGGGAACUGUCUUGACUACUCUGGGGAUGAGGUAGCCAAACAGCAAACUAAGGACAUGUGGAGGGCCUUACAGGUAAAUGGGUAAAGGACUAAUUAAAAAACGCUGCUCAAAAUACACAAUUCAAGUCAUUCUGUUUGUACUUUACAUCUUAUUUCUUGAAAAAAUAAUUUGUUAAUGUUUUCUUUCCAAAUAGUUCUAUUCUAUUCUGAAGCAUUUUGAUAAUUGGUGUACCAAUAGAACUAUAACUGAAUUGUCAGCUUAAGGCUUGUAAGUUGAAUUUCAAACAUAUAUUUUCAUCAUUUAAGAAACACAAAAGUUGAGAGAUGAGUCUAUCUUUCAGUAUGAAAUAAUCUUCUUUAUUUUAUAAGAUGUUUUAUCUGUCACUUAAUAAACCGGUAUUUUCAUAA